CACAAAAUGACCGAUUUAUUCAUAGACAAAUGUCUAUGCCACAACAAUCUCGAUUUUGCAGCGUAUGGAAUGAUUAAAUAUGUUGAAAAGCGUAGUGUUGUUGGUUUCCUGCUUAACCUUUCGAACUAGUUUAGUUGUUUGUGAUGUUCAUGUUUUCGUAAAUCCGCAGGGAUCGGACCACAAUGAUGGACAUUCGGAUAAAGCGCCGGUAAAAUCCAUUUACAAAGCUUUGUCAGUGGCUGGUCAGUCAAAAUACAACAAUGAGACCGUGUACAUUGAACUGAUGAAAGGGCACUAUGACCUUUACAGAACUUUGGUUAUUUCAAGAGAUAACACAAUCAUUCGGUCUUACAAUCACCAGGAAGUGCAUGUGACAGGCGGUCAUCGGAUUCCAAGUACAUUUGUGAAGCCCGUGACUGACCAUGCCAUUCUUUCAAGACUGCCAGCUAAAGCACAUGCUCAUGUUCGUGUUGUCAAUCUACGAGAUCUAAAUGUUACUAAUUUUGGGCAGAUGGACGAGUACGGAUCAAAUGCGCACAGACAUUCACCACUGGAAGUUUUCUAUAAUGGAGAACCUCUUCACCUGGCGAGAUGGCCUGACAAUGAAUAUUUGGAUAUAACGGACGUCCUUGAUGGAAGAAAUGGUUUAAGAUUUCGUUUCAAUGCAACAAUACCGGAAUCCUGGCAAAAUGAAAGUGAUCCAUGGGCAUAUGGCUACUGGUAUGUUGGCUGGGCAGAUCGUGGUGUUAAAAUAAAAUCGCUACAUCCCGCCACAAAGACGGUUACAUUGGUCCAUAAGACACCACAUGGUCUUCGCACAGGUCACAUGCAAGAAUACUUAAAUGGUGUUUCGAAUAAAGAAGGCGGCUAUUUUCACUUCGUUAACAUAUUGGGGGCGUUAGACCAACCGGGAGAAUACUACAUGGACAGAGUCAGUGGAAAACUUUACUUUUGGUUGCCAAAUCAUGAUGGAAGUGCGAAAGCAUCGGAUUUCAUUUAUAUUUCCAUGAUUAAUGACUGUAUAAUGAUUAAGUCCCACACACAAAAUGUGCAGUUGCUGGAUUUUACUGUUGAAGUUUGCCGAAGAAGUGGUAUUUAUGCACCUAAUGCGAACAAGGCGAAAGUUUGUAAUUUGCAAAUUCGAAAUACAGGUGGGAUUGCAGCAAGUUUUACCGGAGCUUCUAGGGAAAGUGAAAUUUCAAGAUGUUAUAUACAUGAUACCUGCGGUGGAAUUUGGAUGUUUGGUGGUAAUAGACAGAAACUGGAGUCGUCAGGUAAUGCAAUCACCAAUAACGAAAUUACACGGUUUUCUCGUGUUGGAGUGGUUGGAAAUUACGCUGUUACAUUAUAUGGGAUAGGACAUUCUGUAAAAUAUAAUCAUAUCUACGAUGGAGGGCACGGAGCUAUACAAUUUUUGGGCAAUGAUAUGACGAUGGAACACAACUUGAUCCACCACGUGUGUAAGAACACUGCCCUUUGCGGAGCUAUCCGAACCGGAAAUGACUGGACCUUUCGAGGCAAUACAAUACAUUACAAUAUAAUUCAUCAUACGUUACGAUAUGUUCCUGGUGUUACAUGUAAAGCGGUACUGCUUGAUGGGCAAGCUUCCGGCACCAGUGUUAUGUUCAACUCUUUCUACAAUAACUCGGUUCAUAUUUCAAUUGGAGGUGGACGUUAUAAUAAGAUUAUCAACAAUGUGAUGUACAAUGCUGAUGUCCGCAGUAUGGAGGUGGAUGGCAGAGGGGCAUUUCAUUACAGUGCCGACCUUCAUAAAAAACUACAUGCGAUGCCAUACAAGAGUGCCGAAUGGAAGCUCCGAUAUCCUCACCUAUCAGACAUUGAUGCCCUGAAUGCCAGUCUGCCAGAAGGCAACCAAAUCAGCCGGAAUGUGAUUUAUGCAAGACCGCAUACAGAAUACAUUCAUGGAAUAACAGGAUAUUUGACCAAAAAUACAUCCAGAUAUUUCAAUAUAACUCAGACAAUAUUAUCUGCGGGAAGCCAGGAUCAUUAUAGUGUAGAAAACGGAGAUCUGAGACUCAGAUGUUCAGCUGCCGAUAGGGCAACAAAAGUGAACUUCAAACAACCUCCGUCACCAAACGCUGUUGGACCAAUAUUUUUAUUUUCAACAAUUGGACCAGAGUACUUAAAAAGAGGUCCGAUUAAUUUAGUAAAUGGAACAUAUUCAUCUAGACCUUGUACUACACAAGCACCGCAAAAGAAUCCUCCACAACCGGCCUACCUACCAGAUGGUUCACACAACAAUGAUCUUUACCCUGUUGAAAAAAUUGGUUGUUGGCUGAAUGUUACAAAGUGCAAACAUCAUCCGGCUGCUAUCGGGACAUACAGAGACAUGUAUGGUGAGAGAUACCGUAAUGCUGCCGAUAAUGAGACCAUGUGUUUCCGUAGAGCCCUUGAACAAUGGCAGUUUUGUGGUUCUCAUAGGGAUGAAAUGGUUGCAGUGAUAUUUGGCCCAACUGGUUCAACUACACUUGGUGGAGAAGGCUGUAUGACCGCUACCUAUGGGUGUCCUAAUCAUGGAGGCCCUAUUGGAGGGCAUGGCAACACUACACUUGGAAAGUAUCAACGUGAUUACAAUGGCGAAAAACCACAUACUGAAGAAGGAUGCUUAUCGCAUGCUUGGAAUAUCUGGCACUAUUGCGGAUCGAAUCCUAAAUAUCCAAUUACAAACGUGUACCUUCCAACAGGUGCGAAGCGUACCGCAGGCGGAGGUUGCUGGAUCUCCCUCGAACGUUGUCCCGCUGACUCACAUAUAAAAGAUAUAUUCUACGACGCAUUCGGAUCAACCAAUUUCCAGACAGAUGACAGUGAGUUUGCUUGCCUUCAUCAAGCCGAAUACUACUGGAACCACUGCGGAUCCCAGGACAAAUACCCGGUCACAGCUACUUAUCGUCCAACAAUAACCAGCAAGACUUACCCAUAGCAAACACCUCUUUAUAAUUCCUUAAAAAUAGAAUAAAUUGUCAAACUCGG